AUGCCACCGAAGAGAAGGAUACAGCUGGCGCUUUUUACGAUAGUUGACAGCGUCCUCAUUGCGAGUGCAGCGAUCCACAGACCUACACCGAAAUACGCUAGGAUGCUCGAUGACAUGGAAUCGUUUCUGAGAUUCCCUUGGGGGAAAGAGUCUUUCUUCCACACUAUUAUCACGACGAGGCCGCUGCGCAAUGGUAAACAUAAUGAUCCUAACAAGGUGUUCUGUGAUCAACUAUUGACGGGAUUAAUGCGGGUGACGGGCUUCCCACUGAUUCUUCAGAUAAUUGCGUAUAGAGCGAUACCUCUUCUAGCUGCGAAACUACCUAAUAUAUCGGACGAAACUCCGUUGUUGGAAAUUAGAAAUGAGGACAGUCCCAGACACAGACCCAUUUCGAUGGAUGAUAUAAUCGAAGUGGAGAACGAUCCCAAGGUGAAUCAAUUGGAGUGGCUGAUGGCGGAGAUGAAAGAGAGGUGUGAAGACAUUAAAAAACUGCAGCAACAGCAAUAUGAGAUGAAGAGGAUUUUGAAGGUCAGACGAGGUGUUGAAACGAGGCAACGUUCGUCACAGCUUUUCCUUUCAGCUAGGAAGAUGCAAAACCGCAGGCGCAGGAAACAAUUAAGGAAAAAAAACGAGACCGAUGAUGGAGAUGGAAACAUGGCUUCACUCUCUUUUGAGGUUAGUUUGAAAGAAGGCACUAAGUUGCCCCGCGAUUGGAUGGAGGAGCCUAACCUAUCUCCGGAGAAGGUAGAAGAUAGGUCACAGGAAAGCGGCGAGAUGGGUGGAUUGCUAAGUUCGGUUGGGAAAAAAGAGGGUGCGUUUAAGAGAAAAAGGGGCAUUUCUCCAUCCAGGAAUGAGAGGGAAGAGAAAGAAGAGUUAAAGAUGGGUGAUAAGGAGGUAGGUAUGGGAGGAAGUGACGUCGGGGAGAAAUCUAAUAUAAUUGGCUCCAUAGACGAGGUAUUACUGACGUCUGAUGGGGAGGCUGCUGCAAAUAUGGAGACUUCUGAUAAAACCCCUCCAGCUGAGCUUGCGGAGGAGAAAAUUGCCGCUGAAACCAAGUCUGAGCAUGCUUUCGCUGACCAUUUUCUAGCCUCUUCCCCCGUACAGGCAGUGGAGGUGGAGAGUCGGUCGUCCAGUGUCGACACCGGGAACACCAAGGGUGGCCACUGCAUUGACUCCACCCCGGAGGUAAUGUACAGGUCCAGUAGAUUGCCAGGCCGUGCUGGUACGAAUGUUGAUACAAUCUGUAUUAGUGAUUGUUCAGCUGUGUCAGAAUCAACUACACACAAGCCUACUGAAGUGGAAAGGGAGCUUGCACUAACAUUGCUAGCGAAACAAAGCAGGGCACCAGUCAGUAUCCUUCCCACAUUAGACGUUGACAUAUGGAAGCAAUUCGAGCGAACGCUUGACUCGUGUGGCUAUGUGAAACACCUUACGCGCAUGGGGAUCGAGAACAACAACAACUUCCUGCUUGGCCUGGAGAAACCUAUGAACUGGGUGAACACAAAGCAUAUUGAAUUGUUGAUGUCCUUUGUGGGGGAGAAACACGCUGAGCAUCUUGAGAAGGAAUGUGCUUGCUUUGCUGCCCCUUGGCUAAUGGACACGAUCGACAUUAAACACCGAUCAUGGAAAUCCAUAAGAAACAAGAAGGCUUACAGGUGGGAUGACAGGCUCCGACACUUCGUGCCAGCUCCAGGAAAAACAUGGAUCGCCGAUGUGGACACUGUGUACAUGCCAAUGAUAUGGCUGUCGAAGCAUUUGGUGGGGCUUGUGAUUGACCUGAAAAUACAAUGGGUGCAUAUACUUGACCCAGAUCCCAUGUGGAAAGAUGACAAGCAUGUUGAUAAAAUCAUGGACCCCGUACUUGAGUUCCUACCGCAUAUCAUCCGCAACCUUUGCUCAUCGCACCCUUCUCAACCCGCAGAUCCAUCGCCGUUUACGUGGCAUAGGGUGCAGAAUGUGUACAUCAACAAGAGAAGCGGGGACUGCGGUCCAGUUGCAAUGAAGUUUAUGGAAAUGCACGUUCUUGGGGAUCCUGCGCCGCAUAUGAGUGGAAUAACUGACGAGAUGGUUAAUGAUUUUCGGAGGCAAUACGCUAUGGACCUGUACAAGAAAUUGGUGCUUCCACUGUACGAAGAAGGAACUAAAAGGCCAGUAAUUUUCUGUUUACUCGACAGUCUUAGGCCGUCGAUGGAAGCGAUAUCGUCGACCAUCAACGAGGAAUAUGUGGAUGCGAAUAUGUGGAUGCGAAUAGGUGGAUUCGACUACGUGGAUGCGAUUACGUGGAUACGACUAUGUGGAUGCGACUAUGUGGAUGCAUAA